UUUAUCAAGAUGUUAGGGUCGAAAAAGCUCAAAAAUCAACAAAUUGACAUCAGUCGACAAUGAGUUAAUAGAGAAAUAAAACAUUUUACACAAAUAAAACAUUUAACAUGGAUCAAAUAACACUUUAAUUUUACUCAAUUCACUUUAUUGCAAUCACUUAGCAUUAAUACACCGACGCCCGUGGUGUAGUUUUAAUUGGUUAAUCUUGAUCCUAUUGAAAGUUAAUUGGAUUGGAGUGCAUAACAUACUAAUGCGCAAAUCGAUUAAUGGUGUAUAAACAAGACAGACAAAAGAUGCCAAAAGAUGUGCUUGUUGCAUCAUUCUUAUUCCCAACGGAAUCUAUGGUGAAAAAGUGGCGUCCAAUCAAAACAGUUUUAUUGAAAAAUUUCGAUCCGGGUCAAGAGUAUAUAAUUAGAUAGCAAAUGCGUUGAUUUCAUAUCGAUCUUGAAUCAACACUCGAAAACUUCUUAAACGCGAUUUUAAAUUCUAYGUCUCAUCAUGUCCGAUAAUUGUUUGGAGUGCAAGGAAAUAGUUACGAAUAGACAGCACRCGCUGAUGUGUGGUGGCUGCUCCCAAUGGCAACACAGAGUAUGCGGUACUGGCAUAUCUUUACAGGAGUACAGGAAAGCAAUCAAAGAAGAAAAAUCAAUUAACUGKUUUUGCAAUGGCUGUUCUUUUGGAAAUCCAUUGUCRCAAAGCACGCCAGUCUAUAAUGAGGGCUCCUCUGUGGAACCUAUGGAAACUUCAUCAGCAACUGGACCUUCAAUGGAUGGCAGUACCCAUAGUAAGAUGCAACACCAGAUGAGCUAGCAAUAAGUGAUGAAUCAAUGGAUGGCAGUAGCCAUGGUUCAAGAACUUGGCCUUGCG